GCGUGGGGAGGGUAGGGUUGGUUCCGCGUCUCCCUUGCUGCAGUCAGUUCCUCGGUCUGGAGUCGCUGUUUCCCGCGGUGAAGGGUGCGGGGCUGCGCAAGGACGUGCCUGGCCGUCCUUACCUUCCUCCGCAAGCAAGCGCAGCCCGGCUGGCCCGGCSCGGGUCGGGAGCGGGGCUGCUGCAGCCGGAUCCCCGGCCGCCGCCAGCAGCCUCCGUGUUUUGGCAGCAAAGGCCGGGCGGGGGCCGAGCCAUAAAGGACGGGAAAAGCAGAAGUGGUGAAGGUCACUGGCGACACUCUGGGGUGCAUUUUAAAUAGCAGUUAAAAUGGAUAUUCGAGGUGCUGUGGAUGCUGCUGUUCCAACAAACAUCAUUGCUGCCAAAGCUGCUGAAGUUCGGGGAAAUAAAGUGAACUGGCAGUCUUAUCUUCAAGGGCAGAUGAUUUCUGGUGAAGACUGUGAAUUUAUUCAAAGAUUUGAGCAGAAGAGAAAUCCAGAAGAAAAGCGGGAGCUGUUGCAAACAGAAGGCAAUCAAUGUGCUAAAACAUUUAUAAACUUGAUGACUCAUAUCUCCAAGGAACAGACAGUUCAGUACAUCCUGACUAUGGUUGAUGAUACGCUGCAAGAAAAUCGUCAACAYGUUUGUAUCUUCUUUGAUUAUGCCAAGCGUGGCAAGAACACUGCGUGGUCCUACUUCCUGCCAAUGCUGAAUCGCCAGGACCUCUUCACUGUGCACAUGGCAGCAAGAAUUAUUGCCAAAUUGGCUGCCUGGGGGAGAGAACUCAUGGAGGGAAGUGACUUGAAUUAUUACUUCAACUGGAUCAAAACACAGCUUAGUUCCCAGAAACUACGUGGUUCUGUGGAAGCAGGAGCUGUCUCCACRACUGAUAGCUCCCAGUAUGUGCAGUGUGUUGCUGGAUGUCUGCAGCUCAUGCUCAGGGUCAAUGAGUAUCGCUUUGCGUGGGUAGAAGCAGAUGGAGUAAACUGUAUCAUGGGGGUCUUGAGCAACAAAUGUGGCUUCCAACUCCAGUACCAGAUGAUUUUCUCCGUGUGGCUGCUGGCCUUUAGUCCCCAAAUGUGCGAAUAUCUCCGUCGGUACAAUAUCGUUCCGGUGCUGUCCGAUAUCCUUCAGGAGUCGGUCAAGGAGAAAGUCACUAGAAUCAUCCUUGCCGCGUUUCGGAAUCUCUUAGAGAAAUCUGCAGAGAGAGAAACUCGCCAAGAAUACGCACUUGCCAUGAUUCAAUGUAAAGUUUUAAAGCAACUGGAGAACUUGGAUCAGCAGAAAUAUGAUGAUGAAGACAUCAGUGAAGAUAUCAAAUUUCUACUGGAGAAGCUUGGUGAGAGCGUGCAAGAUCUUAGCUCAUUUGAUGAGUACAGUUCUGAACUCAAAUCAGGAAGGUUGGAGUGGAGUCCUGUACACAAGUCUGAGAAGUUCUGGCGUGAGAAUGCUGUAAGAUUGAAUGAGAAGAACUAUGAACUUCUCAAAAUCCUGACGAAACUUCUGGAGGUUUCUGAUGACCCCCAAGUGUUGGCUGUAGCUGCUCAUGAUGUGGGAGAGUAUGUACGGCACUAUCCCCGAGGGAAACGAGUUAUUGAACAACUUGGUGGCAAACAACUAGUAAUGAACCACAUGCAUCAUGAAGACCAGCARGUUCGUUACAAUGCGCUACUGGCUGUGCAGAAGCUCAUGGUUCACAACUGGGAAUACCUUGGAAAGCAGUUGCAGUCAGAACAACCUCAAACAGCCACUGCACGGAGCUAAAUACUUCAACCAGAGCAUCACAGUUCAUUCUUUAUGCUUACAACUGGAAUAUGUUUGUCUUUAAUGUCAAAAAAAUACUUUAGUCACAACUGCUAGUACUGUGUAAACUUUCCAGCUCUCCUCCAGUGUUGUUGGCUUAGUAAAAUUUGUUUGUUGUCUGAUGACUAUGCCUAUUAGAUUCCUGCUGUAUUCAGAAUAUAUGAGUAAAUAUGACUAUUGCUUUUG